GGGAUUAUGAGUUGUAGGAGAGUGCUGAAGUCGAUACAGGCCUUGGCGGCUCAUACUUUACUCUUCUGUUUCACCCUCUUCUUGGUUCUUAAGCUCGAUCACACCCUCUCCUCCUCAUGGUGGAUGGUAUUUUUGCCUCUGUGGGCUUUUCAUGCAGUUGUUGCAAGAGGAAGGUUCUCCCUUCCUGCUCCUGUUGCUCCCCGUAACCGUCAUUGGGCUCCAUGUCAUGCUGUUGUUGCCACACCGUUGCUUGUAGCAUUCGAGUUGCUGCUCUGUAUAUACCUCGAGAGUUCUUAUGGUAGCUGGCCACCAGCUGUGAGCUUGAAAGUUGCAUCUCUACCGUUAUUGGCAUUUGAAGUAACCAUACUCAUAGACAAUCUGAGAAUGUGUCGAGCAUUGAUGCCAGGAGAUGACGACAGCACAAGUGAUGAAGCAAUAUGGGAGGCACUUCCUCAUUUGUGGGUUGCUAUUUCCAUGGUGUUCACGUUGGCUGCUACCUUCUUCACACUCCUAAAGCUAUCUGGUGAUAUAGCUGCUCUCAGCUGGUGGGAUUUAUUUAUAAAUAUUGGAAUCGCCGAGUGCUUUGCUUUUCUUGUUUGUACAAAAUGGUCCAACCCAGUGAUCCAUAGAAGCUCGCGCGCCAGAGAAACGGCUUCGUCUUCAACCUCUAUAAGAUAUCUCGACUGGAACAGUGGCCUGGUAGUUCCCCCAGAAGAUGAUAGACACCAAGAUAGGUUCUGUAGCCUACAAGAUAUCGGUGGUCACAUGUUGAAGAUUCCCGUCAUUGUAUUUCAAGUUGUCCUUUGCAUGCAUCUAGAGGGGACUCCUGAGAGAGCUAAGGAUAUAUCUAUCCCAGUCUUGUUUUCUCCACUGUUCUUACUGCAAGGCCUUGGUAUUCUCUUUGCUGCGUCUAAGCUAAUAGAGAAGAUCGUCGUCUUACUGCGUGGGGAAGCUGGACCAGGAUUCUAUUUUAGAUUUUCAUCUAGAGCGCAUGAUUGCUUGGGCUUCUUGCACCAUGGUUCCAGGCUAUUAGGUUGGUGGUCUAUUGAUGAAGGGAACAGGGAGGAACAAGCUCGUCUUUACAUUGAUGGAGAAUCUGGUUACAACACCUUCAGUGGUCAUCCGCCUGAGAUAGUCAAGAAAAUGCCAAAGGAAGAUCUUGCUGAAGAGGUGUGGAGACUUCAAGCCGCGCUUGGUGAACAAACCGAAAUCACAAAAUUCAGCCAGCAAGAAUAUGAAAGACUGCAAAAUGAGAAAGUGCUGUGUAGGGUUUGCUUUGAAAGAGAAAUCAGUUUGGUACUGCUUCCAUGUAGGCACCGUGUUCUCUGCAGACUCUGUUCAGACAAGUGUAAAAAGUGUCCAGCAUGUCGUAUAACCAUCGAAGAACGGCUACCUGUAUACGACGUUUGACCGUGUCUAAUGUUCGAGAGAGUAGGAUUUGAGGUUGAUUGCUACAAACACUCAUCCUUUUUUUUUUACCAUCUUUGUUCCCAAACCUUUGAUGUGUGUUUUGCUGAAUCUUUUUAUUGGUCUGAAUCAGCAUCAAGUAUAAAAAUAUAGGUCUAUACAUGUGUCGUUUUUGUAGAAUACCUCAUACAUACUCUCUUACAUUACUUCAGUUGUAACAUACAACGUUUGUAUAAUAUCAGUCUCUCCCUUUUUGUA